UCCUUCAUCGACUUCUUUGGUUUAUAGCCACGAGGUUUUUAGUAAUAUUUCAAUUUUAUAGUGAAAUAAUAAAAAGAUACUUCAUUUCCUUGGAACAAAAUGCCACCCAGUAAUCCUUUGCCGCCUAAAGAAAAUGCCCUUUUUAAAAGAAUUUUGCGUUGCUACGAACAUAAACAAUACAAAAACGGGCUGAAAUUUGCGAAGCAAAUCUUGUCCAAUCCGAAAUUCGCUGAACAUGGAGAAACACUGGCUAUGAAAGGAUUAACUCUGAACUGCCUUGGACGUAAAGAUGAAGCAUACGAGUACGUGCGUCGCGGGCUGCGUAACGACCUGAAGUCUCCCGUGUGUUGGCACGUGUACGGCUUGCUGCAGAGGUCUGACAAGAAGUAUGAUGAGGCCAUCAAAUGUUACCGUAAUGCUCUUAAGUGGGAGAAGGAGAAUAUUCAAAUCCUGAGAGACCUUUCCUUGCUCCAAAUUCAGAUGCGGGAUUUGGAAGGUUAUAAAGAUACCCGCUACCAACUGUUUAUGCUGAGGCCAACACAGAGAGCGUCAUGGAUCGGUUUCGCCAUGAGCUACCACCUUUUGGGAGACUAUGAGAUGGCCAAUAGCAUUCUCGAUGCCUUCCGUACAAACCAAAUGAAGGGGCCGUAUGACUAUGAACACUCGGAGCUGUUGCUUUAUCAGAACAUGGUGCUGGCUGAGUCGGGACAGUAUGAGAGAGCACUGCAGCAUUUACAAAAAUUCCAAGCUCAAAUUUUGGAUAAAUUGUCGGUGAAGGAAACUUCCGGCGAAUAUUUAUUAAAAUUGAAACGGUACAAAGAAGCAGAGGCAGUGUAUGAAGACUUGUUAAAACGUAACCCUGAAAAUGUGAUGUAUUAUCAGAAGCUCAUAGAAGCUAAACAACUUAGUAGUCCUGAUGAAAAAGUGGCCUUUUUCGAUGUAUAUAAGAAAGAAUAUCCGAAAGCGAUCGCGCCGCGGCGGUUGCAACUGACAGACGCCCCGCCGUCGGUGUUCCCGGCGCUCGUGGACCUCUACCUACGUCACGGACUGCAUAAAGGCAUCCCACCGCUGUUCGUUGACCUCAGGUCGUUAUACGAGGUCCAAAGUAAAUCGGAGACGAUAGAGCGUCUAAUUUUACAGUACAUAGAGAAUUUAUCCAAGACUGGCAAGUUUAGUGCGGACCCUGAGGAGGAGACGCAGCCGGCCAGCGCGCUACUAUGGGCGUACUACUACGCCGCGCAACACUUCGACUAUAAGAAGGACACCGAUAGAGCACUACAUUAUAUCGACGCCGCGAUAGACCACACGCCCACCCUCAUAGAACUGUUUAUUGCCAAAGGAAGGAUAUAUAAGCGCGCCGGCGACCCCGUCUCCGCGUAUCAAUGGCUGGAGGAGGCGCAGGCCAUGGACACGGCUGACCGCUACGUCAACAGCAAGUGUGCGCGGUAUAUGCUGCGCGCUUGCCACAUCAAACGCGCUGAGGAGAUGUGCGCUAAAUUCACUAGGGAAGGUGUGCCAGCGACGGAGAAUCUUAACGAGAUGCAGUGCAUGUGGUUCCAGACGGAGGCGGCGGCCGCGUACCUCCGCCUCAAGCAGUGGGGCGAGGCGCUCAAGAAGGCCCACGAGGUUGAUAGGCACUUCUCGGAGAUAAUGGAGGACCAGUUCGACUUCCACUCGUACUGCAUGCGCAAGAUGACGCUGCGCUCGUACGUGGGGCUGCUGCGGCUGGAGGACGUGCUGCGCGCGCACCCGUUCUACUUCCGCGCCGCCGCCGCCGCCGUGCGCGUGUACCUGCGCCUCGACCAGCACCCGCUGCAGGACGCGCCGCAGACCAUCGAGCCCGACACCGAAAACCUGGCGCCUUCCGAGCUGAAGAAACUUAGGAACAAACAAAGGAAAGCGAAACGCAAAGCUGAACAAGAGAGUGCACUUCAAGCGCAAGUUCAGGUGAAACGGGAGCAGCAUCACAAGGCACGUCAACAGCAGGAGCAGGGCGACCCGGAGGCGCCGCAGCUGGAUGAACUCAUUCCAGACAAACUGGCGAGGGUGGAAGACCCGUUAGAACAAGCAAUCAAGUUCCUGCAACCUUUGCGGAUCCUAGCCGCGGACAGGAUAAACACACAUCUAAUGGCCUUCGAAAUAUACUACAGAAAAGAGCGUCCGCUGCUGAUGCUGCAGAGCAUAAAGCGCGCGUGGCAGCUGGACGCCAACCACCACCACCUGCACGACUGCCUGCUGCGCUUCCAGCGCUGGCUGGCCGAGCACCGACCGCUACACCCGCACGUCGCCAGCGUCGUCGACACGCAGAUGGAGCCGUUGGUGCGCGGGCGCACGGAGCUGCAGAUAGCGGAGCAGUUCAUGCGCGCGCAGGCGGCGCGCGCGCAGGCGGCCGGGCUGUGGGGCGCGCGCGCGCUGCGCCGCCUGGCGCCCGCGCGCACGCGCGACAUGCUGGACGUCGCCACCACGCUGGACUACCCCGACGUCUCCAUUGCGGGCUGCGUGGAAGUGCUGGAGAGUCUCCAAGAAGGUGACUUCGGGCCGUGCGAGAAAGAGAUAGAGGCGUAUAUAGAGGCGUGCAGCGCUAAGUUCCCGUACGCGAUCGCGUUCAAACCGCCCGCGCCCGAGCCCGCCCCCGUGGACAACCACGUCGAGGAACCCUUACAGCAGAAAGAAAUCGCCGUCAGUAAUUAAGGCGACCGAAAAUGGUGACGUUGCAAGACCUUUGUUUCCUUCAGAAUGUCCAGGCGAGUGUUACCUAGAUCAAAUCAAGAAUAAUUACAUAGAAACAAAAUACGGAAAGUAGAAGGUUAAUUACCGCGAAAAAGGAAAUUUCCGUUUUUUUUGUUCACAGAAUUGGAAGUGAAAUAUAGAUAGGCCAGAAACUGGCGACCACGACGACCUGUCUUUUUUUCUAUCGCUUAUUUCUGUUACAAAAUACUAAUAUAUUAUUAUUAUUUACCUAACAUCGUUUAACCCAAAAAGUGUUCUGUACGCCUCUAAUAUCACCUUUGAUUUAUCGGUUAUAUUUUCUUCCAAAUCGUACGUUGUAUGUGUUUAUUUCUUUUCAGAGAUUCUAUUUGUAUAGUCAUACUGCUGGUCGGUUGAUUACAUUGACAUUAUUCAACUAUGCUCAUUUAAAUAACAACAUGUCUUUGCACAUCAUGGUGUUAUUCUUGAUCGGUGGGCAUAUGACAAGCGGGUGGUCACCUGGAUUUUGAGUCUAGUGUUGCUUUUAGAAAAUAUCAAACACAAACAUGAUUAGAAUGACAGCAGGACAGAUAUAUAGCACGUCGCCUAGCGCGAAAGAGAUGAGAGAUAUGUCAUUCUAAUCAUACUUUAAAAGGGGUAUAUAAUUCAUAAAG